AUGACAUACUUCAAUUUUUGUUGCAGGAUUACAGUUCUUGGGGUUCUAUUGGGAAUAAUUCCUUGGGAUCGAAGCAUUACUUGCACUCUACUAUUAUGGAAUUAUAUCCUUGGUUACCUCAUCAUAUUUAUUAUAAGUUUGGGCGUCGAAUUAGCUAUAUGUAUUUUAUCCAGCCGAGGAAGUAUUCUUGACACUGCAGUUCGCGCUCCAAUCAAGCAUUUUAUUUAUAGUAAACUUUGUCUUUUGCUUAUCGAAACAGGAUGGCUGUGUGCUGGUAGUACAUGGCUAGUUUAUUACUAUAAAAAUUGUUCUGCGGUUAGUGAAGCAAAAGAUGUUACGUUGGGUCUUGUUAUAUGUAACUGGUGUACUUUAGCAUUGGUGACCAUUACUGUUUGGUGUACUUAUGAUACAGCUGGAAGGUCGUGGGUAAAGAUGAAGAAAUAUCAACGUAGCAUGAGAGAAGCUGAAUCUCGAACUGGUAGAAUGCAUUAUAAACGCAGUGGUAGUCGUAAUAGAAACUGGCGACAAAGAAAAGUUAUUCGUGCUUACCAAGAUAGUUGGGAUAACAGAUGUAGAUUGCUCUUUUGCUGUAUGCGUAACUCUGACAGAAAUCAGAAUUCUUUCACAGAUAUUGCAAGACUUCUGAGUGAUUUUUUCCGUGAUCUAGAUGUUGUUCCGUCGGAUGUAGUAGCUGGACUCGUAUUGCUCCGAAAAUUCCAAAAAGUUGAAAGAGAGUUAAUAAUAAAACAGCGUAAAAAUGAUACAUAUGAAUUUCUUUCUGGUGUUCCGAUAACACCAAGAACAAAAUUUUUAUCACUAACUGAGGAUGGAGAUAUGUUACAUUUUCAAAAUACAAUUCAUUACAUGCAUUUUGCCUUAGCAGCCUACGGUUGGCCAUUAUUUUUAAUAAAUCAUACUACAGGUCUUUGCCAGUUGUGUACUAGAAUAAGGUGUGAAUGCUUUCCAUGUGUAAAAAAUGAUGAUGAUGCCAUUGUUAUUGAUGAUAAUUGUUGUCAGUGUAAUUAUGCGGCACUUCGACGAAUGGUUGAUGUUGGCGAAGUUGAUGUUAUUUAUGCAACUUUUCAUGUAGAUAUUGGAGAAACUCCGUUUUUUGUUGCAUUAGAUUACACACAACGAAAGCUUGUUAUUAGUAUUCGUGGAACACUCAGUAUGAAGGAUGUUUUGACAGAUUUAAAUGCAGAAGCUGAAGUUUUACCACUAACACCACCACGAGAAGACUGGCUUGGACAUAAAGGCAUGGUUCAAGCUGCUGAAUAUAUACGAAGAAAAAUAACUAAAGAAGGCAUUAUUACGAAAGCUUUAAACAAAAAUCCGGAGAGAGGUACCGAUCAAUUUGGAUUGACAUUGGUUGGCCAUUCAUUGGGUGCUGGGACUGCAGCAAUUCUUGCAAUACUUCUCCGACAAGAAUACCCAGACCUGAUAUGUUUUUCUUAUGCUCCACCGGGAGGUCUUUUAAGUAUGCCAGCACAGCAAUAUACCCAAGAGUUUAUUACCUCAGUUGUUGUUGGAAAAGACGUAGUCCCAAGAAUAGGUCUACGGCAAAUGGAGAGCCUACGUGCAGAUUUAAUAAAUGCUAUUAAAAGAAGUGUAGAUCCAAAGUGGAAGACUAUUGCGUGCUCCGUGAUGUGUUGUGGAUGUGGAUCGGUACCAACGUCUGCAGCAAACUUGGAAGCUGGUGGAAGCAUUGCUGAAUAUCAGAGAGACAAAGACCAAGCCAGAGCACAGACAAUUGUUCCAAGUGAUUCCAGUAUUGCUCUUACGCUUCACACUCCACUUUAUCCACCUGGUAAAAUCAUUCAUGUAGUUCGACAUCAUCCAAACAAGGGAGAAGAAAAAUAUGAUUCUCGGUGGAGACAAUUAUUACAAAAAGGAGAACCUGUGUAUCAAGCUUUGUGGGCAGAACCAGGUGAUUUCGAUGAAGUUCUCAUUAGCCCUGUAAUGAUACAGGAUCACAUGCCAGACAACAUGCUCGAAGCGCUCAAUAAGGUUGUAACAACUCUGGGACCAGCAAAGCCACAACGUUUGACAUCAGGUCACACGUCAUUAGCAGAGGCUUCAGAAAAUCGUAAUCCAAAUAAGAUUGAAGAACGGGAAAUAGAGCAGGAAAUGCGAGCCCUGCUUCCAAAAAGUCCAUGCAAAUCACGCUCGUUAACAAUUGGCACUCCGCCACACAGGUUGUGCCUUGAAACUAGUUUUACAUCACUUCAGAGUCCAAUGGAAUUGCCUCACACUGAACGCGAGUUAAGCGUCGAUUCCAGGGGAGUGCCUUGGGAAUACGUCAGCCUGGCAAGCGAGUUGAUAACUACACCCAGACACGAUGACCAUAAAUUCUUCAACCAUCCACUUAAUUGGGAAUAUACUCAGAGAAUAGCCCCUCUGGCCACGCCAGAAACAAUGUCAGAGGCUAGUAACUCGCCAUCACCAUUGCCUUCAACUAGACCCAUACGACGUACACCAAAAAUACCAAGAAACCUUUCCACUGCUGCAGAUGAUCUUAAAAGUAAUCUUCAUUAUGCAAUGCUUGCUUCCAAAAAUUAUGGAUUGUGUGAUGAAAUCACUGGUAGCAAUAGCAGCAGUGGAAAUAGUGAAGCUAGUUAUGAAACAACGAAAAGUCAACGCCAAGGAGUCCAACCACCUCCAGUUCCACAGCGACGAGAUUCCAUUAUCUUAAAAAGAGAACAGACUGUAUGUACUGCUGCUUGUUGCAGAGAUGAUCUGUCUGACAAUUCUACUCCUUCAUCAAUUCAUUCAACAUGUAUUAUUCGUAGUACUAAUCUAGAAGAGAUCGAUACAAACGAAUCGAAUUUAGAUUUAUACGAAGCGAAGGGGUUUCUUACUCGCCGUGACAGCAUUAAUGUAAAAAGCUCUCCAGAAUGUAGAAGACUUAUGACACCUAUUAUUAAUAUAAACGCUGAAUGGAAAAAACCAUUUGAUACAAUCGGUGGAACUUCUGUUGAUACAUCACUUCCACUGCUCCGCGGUUUAUCACCAACUCCGAGCCAACAUACAUCACCAUUUUCUAAUGCCAAAAGAAAAAAAUAUGUAUACCCAAUCACGUUGGUUGGUCGAGGUGAAAGUAGUGUUUGAAUUUUUUAUCAAUUCAUUAAAUUUAUAAGGCCGUGGGACCAUAAUUUUCACUUGAAUUUUUUCAAUAUAGCUCGGCUUAUUCUUAAGAAAAAGAAAAAAAAAAUAACAAGAUUAAAAUAACCAAAACUUUUGUCAUUUGUAAAUGAUUCUGACGGCUUCGUCGUCUAUACAAUGCUAAUAUUUAUAAUAUUGUCCCUGUGGCUUUAUUCACCUCGAAUUGAUUAUUUAUUGAAUUAGAAGAUUCUUCAGGAUUGAAGUAAACAGUUGUUUUAUUUAUUAUUUAAUUAAUUAAUUGACUGUGUAGAUAUGUUUUUUAAGAUGUGCCAAUAAUUGAUAAAUGAUAAAUGUUUAACUGUUGUAUUUAUUCAUAUAAUAUGUAUUUAGGCCUAUUGUACAUCGAACGAGAAAUGGUUCAAUUCGUUAAAAAAAAUACUUUCUUUAUUGAUACAGUUGUAAUUUAAUUGAAAGUUAAAAUUUUUAAUCCAACGAAUUGCCUUCAAAUGUUUAGAUUACAUAACAUAAAUUACAAUGGUAUAAGAGUUGCAGACAUUAAAAAAAAAAAAAAAAAAAAAAA